CGCCCAUAGCUCCUCUUUUGUCCCUACUUGCCAUCCGUGCGACUUUCGACGCGUGGCUUCCGCCGUCGUAGUCACUGCGUUCACUCUGCACCGGAAGGAGAACUGAACGCUGUCGGAAUUAUGGCGGCGGUGGAUAUUCGAGAUAAUCUGCUGGGAAUCUCUUGGGUUGACAGCUCUUGGAUACCCAUUUUGAAUAGCGGUAGUGUCCUAGAUUACUUUUCAGAAAGAAGUAAUCCUUUUUAUGACAGGACAUGCAAUAAUGAAGUGGUCAAAAUGCAGAGGCUAACAUUAGAACACCUGAAUCAGAUGGUUGGAGUCGAAUACAUUCUCUUACACGCUCAGGAGCCUAUUCUUUUUAUCAUCCGGAAGCAGCAGCGGCAGUCUCCUGCCCAAGUUAUCCCACUAGCUGAUUACUAUAUCAUUGCUGGAGUGAUCUAUCAGGCACCAGACUUAGGAUCAGUUAUAAAUUCCAGAGUGAAUUUGUUUUCUUUUUUCAAGCUUACUGCAGUACAUGGCAUUCAGUCAGCUUUUGAUGAAGCUAUGUCAUACUGUCGAUAUCAUCCUUCCAAAGGGUAUUGGUGGCACUUCAAAGAUCACGAAGAGCAAGAUAAAGCCAAACCUAAAGCCAAAAGGAAAGAAGAACCAAGCUCUAUUUUUCAGAGACAACGUGUGGAUGCUUUGCUUGUAGACCUCAGACAAAAAUUUCCCCCCAGAUUUGUGCAGCAAAAAUCUGGAGAAAAACCUGUUCCAGUGGAUCAAACAAAGAGAGAGGCAGAGCCUACACCAGAAACUGUAAAGUCUGAGGAGAAGGAGACCACAAAGAACAUCCAACAGCCUGUGAGUGCUAAGGGCCCCCCUGAGAAACGCAUGAGACUUCAGUGAAUGUCGACAAAAGGGAGGCCUUGCAGGGCUCGCAGGGUGGCUCUGAGCCUGCAGCAUUGUGUUUGGCUGGGGAGCUUUUAUGUACUUUGUCAUAGCCUUCUUAUUUGCAUGAAAUGCAUAUGUUCUUUAUGAAGAGGCAUAGUUCCCAUCUUGCCUUCUGGGUCAAUAUUUCUCAUGUGUCUUUUGUAAUCUUUCUUCUACUAGAUGGGAGCAGCCCACCUACUCAUGUAUAUUAUCACUUUCAAACAAAAUAAAGGUAUUUGUAUAUAUUGCUUCAUCAUGACUUUUCCCCCUUACUGCUUUCUUUGCAGUUUUUCAAAUGUACUUUGAAGACACAAAGACUAUUAAAGUAGUGACUAAGCACAUUUCCCUGUAUUAGCUACAUAUUUCUCUGUAUUAAAAUAAUAAACUGUUCUUAACAGUUUGGAAGAAGAAAAAAGGAAAACCUGUACUCACUAAUAUAAUUAUGCUGCAAAUACUGUAACAACAUUGUGAAUUUUCUUUUAGUCUUUUUAUGCAUGUAAUUAAUUUUUAAUAAAGAAAAAUUUAUUUUACAGUUA